UGCGCUCCGAAUGAACGCGAUUUCUUGUUGUUUCCGGAGGCUCACUGUUGUGAGCUCCUCUUACCCUCUAAGGUCCCACGUUUGGAGACAAGGGAGGACAAUAGACUUCACGGAGGGAACUUCAGUUCCUACAUCGAAUCGAGAGUCAACCAUUUAACCCGAAUGGAGUGGCGGUACUUCAACUGAAAGGCAGCCAGAGGUUAAGAAAUCUACCCGUGGAGCACCGUGUUAGGGACCGAGCGUUGUCCGAGAUAUACCCAGACAUGGUUCACUGCCAGCCGAAUUCGCCAAGGACUCUAUUACCGCUUCUAUAAACUUUUUUUUUUUUUUUUAAUACCAGAACCGAGAAGGAGGCAUAGUUGAAAAAGAGCGCGUCUUCUCCUGUUUAUCCGGCAGAAAAGGGGGGAAAGGUAUUGGGAGUAUUAAUUAUGCCUGACCAAAUCACAGUAUCUGAGUUUGUGGUGGAGACCAAUGAGGACUACAAGUCACCCACCGCUUCCAACUUUACCACCAGGAUGCCCCACUGCAGGAACACCGUAGCUGCACUGGAGGAGGCCUUAGAUGUGGACCGCAGUGUUCUAUAUAAGAUGAAAAAAUCUGUCAAGGCCAUCUACACAUCUGGUUUGGCUCACGUUGAGAAUGAGGAGCAGUACACUCAGGCAUUGGAGAAGUUUGGAGAAAAUUGUGUGUACAGAGACGAUCCUGAUUUGGGAUCGGCGUUCCUCAAGUUCUCCGUCUUCACCAAGGAGCUCACUGCACUCUUCAAAAACCUAUUCCAGAACAUGAACAACAUCAUCACCUUUCCUCUGGACAGCCUACUGAAAGGAGACCUGAAAGGAGUCAAAGGGGAUCUGAAAAAACCUUUUGACAAAGCCUGGAAGGACUACGAAACUAAAGUCACCAAGAUAGAGAAGGAGAAGAAGGAGCAUGCAAAGCAGCACGGCAUGAUCAGGACCGAGAUUAGUGGGGCGGAAAUUGCAGAGGAGAUGGAGAAGGAGAGGAGAUUCUUUCAGCUGCAGAUGUGUGAGUAUCUGCUCAAAGUCAACGAGAUCAAAAUCAAGAAGGGAGUGGACCUGUUGCAGAACCUCAUCAAGUACUUCCAUGCACAGUGCAAUUUUUUUCAGGAUGGUCUCAAAGCUGUGGACAACUUGAAGCCUUCCAUUGAAAAACUGGCCACCGAUCUACACACAAUAAAACAAGUGCAAGAUGAGGAGCGCAAGCAGCUGACUCAGUUAAGGGAUGUUCUUAAGACGGCGCUACAAGUGGAGCAGAAGGAGGAAUCCCAGGUGCGGCAGAGCACCACCUACAGUUUACAUCAGCCGCAAGGCAACAAAGAGCACGGCACCGAGCGCAGCGGCUAUCUUUACAAGAGAAGUGAUGGUUUGAGGAAAGUAUGGCAGAAGAGGAAAUGCACAGCAAAGAACGGAUACCUCACCAUCCCGCACAGCACCGCGAACAGACCGCCGGCCAAACUCAAUCUGCUCACCUGUCAGGUGAAGCACAAUCCCGACGAGAAGAAGAGCUUUGACCUCAUAUCUCAUGACAGAACGUAUCACUUUCAGGCCGAAGAUGACCAGGACUGCCAAAUUUGGAUCUCAGUGCUCCAGAACAGCAAGGAGGAGGCGCUGAACCAGGCCUUCAAAGGCGACCAGCAUGUCGGCGAGAACAACAUCGUGCAGGAAUUGACCAAGGCCAUCCUGGCCGAAGUGAAGAGGAUGACGGGGAAUGACGUGUGCUGCGAUUGUGGAGCGCCCAACCCGACGUGGCUCUCCACCAACUUGGGCAUCCUCACGUGUAUUGAAUGUUCCGGCAUCCACCGGGAGCUGGGAGUCCAUUACUCCAGGAUCCAGUCACUCACUCUGGAUGUACUUAGCACCUCCGAGCUCUUGCUGGCCAAGAAUGUGGGGAAUGCAGGCUUCAAUGAAAUCAUGGAGGCAGGUUUAAGUGCUGAAAAAGCAGUGAAACCCAACCCCGCCAGUGACAUGCAGGCGAGGAAAGACUUCAUCGUCGCCAAGUACACCGAGAAGCGCUUCGCCAGGAAGAAAUGUCCCGACUCGGCUUCGCGGCUCCACACGCUGUGCGAUGCCGUCAAAGCUCGUGACAUUAUCUCCCUCAUUCAGGUCUACUCUGAGGGAGUGGACCUGAUGGAACCCAUACCGCUAGCCAAUGGACAUGAGCAAGGAGAGACCGCCCUCCAUCUGGCUGUCAGGCUGGUGGACAGGACCUCUCUUCACAUCAUCGACUUCCUCACCCAGAACAGUUUAAAUUUGGAUAAGCAGACGGCUAAAGGCAGCACGGCGCUGCACUACUGCUGUCUGACUGACAACAGUGAGUGUCUGAAGCUGCUGUUACGGGGGAAAGCCUCCAUAGACAUCGCUAACGAGGCUGGGGAGACGCCGCUGGACAUCGCUCGUAGGCUCAAACACCUCCAGUGUGAAGAGCUGUUGAACCAAGCGUUGGCAGGGAAAUUCAACGCGCACGUCCAUGUGGAGUAUGAAUGGUGCCUGCAGCAUGAAGACUUGGAUGAGAGUGAUGAGGAUCUCGAUGAGAAGCCCAGCCCCCACCGCAGAGAAGAGCGUCCGGUCAGCUGUUACACACCGAGCACCAACUCCCACUUGCAUGGCCGCGACACCAAGGACAAGCAGCGCUCCUAUCUGCCAAAUUUGGUCAACAACGAGACCUACGGCACCAUCGUCAACAACAACCCUCCGCAGCACGGACUGCCCGCCACCACCUCUGCCCCACCACUUCCGCCGAGGAACCUGGUCCAGUUGGCAGGCCUCGGCGGGACGAGUCAGCCCUCGUCGUCCAGCGGCUGGAAGCCCGCUUCCUUAGAACUGGUUGGUCGGCAAAGAUCAUCUUCGGAUCCCCCCAACAUGCACCCCCCUGCUCCGCCUAUUCGGCUUACCUCUACAGCCGGUUUGGGUCCUUCUCCUGCAGGAAAGAUCGACUCACUUAGUUCACAAUCCAAGUCGGGGCAAGGACCUGCUGGAUCGAGAAGCAGUCAACAAAAGUCACCGGCAGGGAAUGAUAAAAGUUUCAACCGAACACCACUAAAUCGGACAGCAUCUAUUGAGCGCCCAACUAAGGAAGUGCCAGGAUGCCCCCAGAGCUCCAUAGGUCACGCUCUGCCUUCAGCCCACCACUCUCGGAAGGCCUACACUAAGCACAGGCCGAAGCGAGUGAAGGCCAUGUACAACUGUAUGGCAGACAACCCAGAUGAACUAACCUUCUCGGAGGGCGAGGUCAUUGUGGUGGAUGGGGAGGAGGACCAGGAGUGGUGGCUGGGCCACAUUGAAGGAGAUCCGAUGAGACGAGGAGCCUUCCCGGUCACCUUUGUACACUUCAUUGUGGACUGAAAUGUCACUACGGGGGAGGUCAGCAACUGUGCAAAUUCAAAGUCCCGGCGUCCCCUCUCGGUGACCGUGAUGACAUUCAGUGGUGUUUUUGAACUGCCUGGUGUUUGUGACGAGAACACAACCGAAAUGAUUGUAGUGAAUGACAUCUCACGAUAAAUGCACUUUCCCUUGCCACGCCGUCACACAGGAUGAAGGUUGUGCACCACUCUCUUCCUCAUCCUCAUCACCCUCCAAGUGAAAUGAUCAGGCAGCAGGCCUUAACUGUGCACGAGUAAAUGAAAACACAUUUAUGGCGGAGGUUGACUUCACGAUGCCGCUUUAAGAACAAGCCAAAGGAUGGCAGGAGGCUUCCCAAUUGUCCCAUUUUGGGAGAGAAAAAAAAACGACCAAUCACGUUUCAUGUUAUACUCGCUCUGCCUUGUAAUGUAAGUGAGCAGCAUUACUCCUUCUUUUAGUGUGUGUGUGUGUGUGUGUGUGCGUGCGUGCGUGUGUCAUCUCUGCCUUAUUAAGCAGCAAGGAAAUGUCUCUGUGUCGUAAACUGACAGUGUAAAAAUAUCGCCAAAAAUAUCAUAACUGCCCCCUUUGGAGUUCAAGUGCAUUAUUAUUAUAUGGCGAUGACACAAGAACGUAAGUGUGCAUAUUUUUGACAAAAAUAACCCUUACUAUCACACUUUUGCUCAAUACACUGAUUUUAAAUGUAUAGUUUGCACAAUGAAACAUGACUCAUUUUCACACGUUUGAGAUUAUGCUAAACGUUGCCAGGAUCCUUUCAAAUGGUGCAAAACUGUCUUCACAAACAUCGAUAUACGACACAUUUUCAAAUUGCAAAAAAAGCCCCACAUAAAAUGUUGAAUAUUGGAAUAUAAAACACAACUCUUUCGUGCUUUGCCACUUUUUUUGUUGUGUAUCAUUUCCACAAUUAAGAGAUCCAUUCAACUUCAAAUUUACCCAGACUAUGAAUACCGGUACUUUUGAAUGUACCUGUGUGCGUGCGUGCUCAUUCUAUGUCUGUGUGACGAGCGUUUGACAUUCUGCCUCUCUUGUCUAGACAUUUCUCUUGUGUGUUGACAUUUCCAUUGGUCCACACAAGAAAAAUGCCCGGAUAAGCUUCAUUGACUCCAUUAGACAACUAACGUCCACCUUCCUGCAUUUGUACAGAAAGUGCGUUGUUUUUCAUAUUAACACAAGCAUUCAAUGUAAUUAAUUUCGAGUUGUGUUGCGGAGCAACUGUGUGGACGCAAAAAUCAUAAUGAAUGUUCCUUUUGAAGCUGACACCAUCAGAGCCUUGGUGAGUGACAAAAAUUGCAGCUAAUAUUCAUCGUGUUUUUAUUAUUAUUAUUAUUAACUCACUGGAAACAGGAUCUAAUCUAUACAUGUGUAAAUAGAUGUGUAUCUUAUUUAAAUGUAGAGAGUCUGGAGGGGACACUGACAGCUGGAAUUUAGUGUGAGUGUAGAAAAAAAAUCAUCAGUUGUCGUCUUUGGAUGUACAUAAAUGGGGAAUGAAACUGGAAUAAAAUGACAUAAAGCGUG